UGUAUUUUGAUUUCUACACUCUGUCGCCUUAUUUAGAUCUGUAUAGGAUCAACAUGAAAGUUUACAAGAUUGGGAAACGUUUUAUGUUUCACACCGAACACUAACGUCCUUUUCUCCGUGUGAGUUGGAAAGAAAAGCAUGCUACAUCCGUCUCAAAUGGCAAUGCAUCCUCAAUAUGUUAUUGCAGUGUGGCGGGUAGCAGUCCUCCACCUUUAAAACAAAUAUCUUACACAUCACCAUUGUCAAUAAAGGUUUGGAGGGGUGCACAGUUUAAAAUAAGCCAAAGUUGCAGACUUGCUGCACUUUUUUGUCUCCUGUUGACUGGGUCACAUCUCAACUGAAAAUGACUUUUGUCCGUGUACUUGCUUCUCUGCUGGGUCUGUUCGUCCUGUGUCACUGUGACUGCUUCUUCCAGGAGUUAGUGAUAAAAGAUUCGGAAAACCUUCCAAAAGCAGGAUGUGUGGAUAAAGAUGGGAAGCAUCAUGACUUUGGCUCUGAAUGGGUGAGCGACUGCAUGGACUGCUCCUGUGAUGAAGGGGGUUUGAGCUGCUGCAGCAGGAUCCAUGAUGUAGGUACUGCAGACAUCCCUGAGGAGUGUGAGCUGGUUGUGGAUGAAAAGGCCUGCUCUCUCAAGAUGGUGCUGAAGUCAGACAAAACAAAGGAGUGUAGCCUUGUUUAAAAACACAAGAUUAACUGUAAAGAUUUCUGACAUUAUAUUAAAUCUUACACAUACAGUAAAUCACCAAUGAGCAAAUCCCACCACCUUGUCAACCAUUAUCGUGACGUGUUUUUACUUCAAGUGACAAUAAAACCUGUUUCAUCUCUG